AUGGCUUUAGUCCCUCGUUGUUUUCGACUAUUGGUCUUCGUGGGAGUCGCUUGCCUCGUCGUACUAUUGCUGAAGCACUGGAUGGCUACUAAGCAAUACAUUUUCAACCACGACGACAUCGCUAAACUGACCAAACAGUAUGCGGGCCAGGACCACGAGCAGGCCUAUUCGAAACUGGUGGUUGAGCUCAGGAAGAGGUAUCCCGGCCACAUUCUGCCAGAUGAAGACCUGCAAUGGGUGUUUCUGAAUGCCGGAGGCUUUAUGGGUUCCAUGUGCGUCCUCCACGCCUCCCUCACAGAAUAUGUGAUACUGUUUGGUACUGGAAUAGACACAUCAGGACAUUCAGGUCGAUUCUGGGCUGAUAUUUCUGACACGCUUGUCUCUGGUACGUUCAGAAGGUGGAAGGAGGGAACUACAAAGACUGAACUUUUCUAUCCUGGUGAUACUGUCAUGCAUGAAAUGGGUGAGGCUGCAGGGGUCCAGUGGACCGCCGGGACAUGGAUGGUUGAGUAUGGCCGAGGAUUCAUCCCAUCCACUCUGAGUACAGCUCUGGCCGAGACACUGUUUUGCACCCAAGACUUUGUCACCUUAUUUUACACUUUCAAAGUCUACGGCAAGGCGAUGCUGAUGGAGAUGGGAACAAUGCUAGCUGAGGCCGGAAUCUUUUAA